AUAUGCGUGGCUCCAGGAGCGUGUGGCGCGGCGAUCGACAGUGCACUCUGUCCCGUGGAUCACCGAUCAACGGAAAGAGCCGAAGAUGUCGGCUUGGUCAUGUGAUCAGCUGUGUCCAAUCAUGGCUGAUCACAUUACUGAUGAUCAGUGUGCCCUGAUGAUCCGUGUAGCCCCAGCAGUGCCACCUGCCAGUGUCCAUCAGUGCCAGCUCUCAGUACUCAUACAUGCCACCUGCCAGUGCCCAUCAGUGCCACAUUUCAGUGCCACAUCAAUGCCACAUAUCAGUGCCCAUCUGAGCUGCCUUUCAGUGUCACCCAUCAGUGCAGUCAGUGUCACCUUUCAGUGCUGCCCAUCAGUGUGCAUCAGUGCCGCCUAUCAGUGCCAUAUGAGUGCUGCCUUUCAGUGCCCAUCAGAGAUGCCUGUCAGUGCCCAUCAGUACCACCUACAAGUGCCUCCUCAUCAG